AUGGGAACGAUUAGAAACUUGAAUUUAAAUAAAAGCACAAACCCUGAACCCUGGGAGAGACUGGACCCAUCUAAACCACAGAAGCUGGUCACUAUCAACCAGAAAUGGAGGCCCAUUGAAGAGCUGGAGCUGAUGAAGAGUAUGGCCAAGUAAUCUCUCUCUCUUUCUAUUUAUCUCCAUUCUCUCCCCUUCCUCCCCCCUCCAUCCUGAAUGAGAGCUGCCGCCCUGCCCUUCCCUGCACCCCCUCCCAGUCUAACAGAAUCCUUUCUGCCAUGACUAGUUUCUCUGAUACUUAGUGUGCGGAAAUAACACUAGUGCUAUACUGGUGGGGUAUAACUGCUCAAUACUGUCCCCAGGACUGAGGAUCUCCACAGCUGUAGUGUUACUUACAUCACCAGGCUGUAAAGAGUAAAAUCUUUUGUCUUCACUGUAAACCAGCUGUCUGUCUGUCCCAGUGAUGUUACUGCAUUGUACUGCACUAUAGCUGACUAUAAAUGUGACCCAAGCUGUUUGUUUGUGAAACAAACUGUAUGUGUGUGUGAAAUAAUAAUUAUUGACAAAAAAAAUGUACCAUUGCUCGUGUUAUUAAUGAGGAGUGUCUACAUGGAGUUAAGUACGUCAAUUCUGGUGGUUGUUUUCAAAAGCUUGUGUCCCCAACUAUCAUCAAGGUAACUUUAUCACAGCUCUGUCUGGCUUGUCUCUGUCCCCAUAAGUGUGUUUGAUGGAGACAUUAACCUGUGUAACGAAGGCCCUUGUGCCAAACUGUCCAUAAGGUGACAUCAUAGUUCUGUCUGGCUUCUGUCUGUGUCCCAAAAUGUCAGUCUAGAAUUAGUAUUCAGAAAACACUAUCGGCCAUGCAUUGUCUUGACUGAUGGAACAGUCCUAAUGCACCAGACUGGGCUGCUUGGAGCCAAUCCCUCUCUUAACAUGAUUACUGAUUACACUGAGGCAGAGGGAGAGCAGGAUGGGGAUAGAGUUACCAUCAGGACACUGUGUGUGUCUGAGGUGUCCAUGUGCAUGCACCUUUGUGUUGCUCUCCUUGUGUUUGGCAUUCAGAGACAGUCCUCUUACUGGUUGGUGGAGCAAUAACACCUACAUGUCCCUCUCAUAAAGCGUUAUUAUUAUAUCACCACUUACUACACGUAUACACUGAGUGUACAAAACAUUAGGAACACCUGUACUUUCAAUGAAAUAGACUGACCAGGGGAAUCCAGGUGAAUGAUCCCUUAUUGAUUAACUGUUAAAUCCACUUCAAUCAGUGUAGAUGGAGGAGGCAGGUUAAAGAAGGAUUUUUAAUUGAGACAAUUGAGACAUGGAUUGUGUAUGUGUGCCAUUUAGAGGGUG